AGUAUUCCUAUCAUUAGUGUAGCAAAAUGUUGUUGAGAUUUUUUAUAUUGGGAACAUGUCUGUUGCAUGUAGGAUACUGCAAAGCGUCCCCAGAGACAACUACUAUUGAAGAUAUAGAUGUUUAUUAUCCAAGUAUGAAUUGGUCAAAUAUUUUUGAUUGGAGAAUAUUAAAAGAAUAUUCUCCUACCUAUAAAAACUUGUUGGUGUCUCCAAUUAGUCUAAGAAUUAUUUUGGCUAUGCUUUAUCAAGGCUCUAGCGGGUUAACUAAAAGGGAGUUUGAAUCGGUAAUGCAUUUUACAGACCAACAAUCAGUGAGAGAGGAGUUUAGAGAUAUAAUUAACAAAUUACAGGUUGCCGAAUCUCCAGAAUAUACUCUUAAUUUGGGAACAAGAGUUUUUCUAGACAUCCCAGUAGCACCGCAGCAGAAAUUUGCAAGUAUUACCAAAGACUUCUUUAAAACUGACCUCAUAUUAACAAAUUUUACUGAUAAGGAAGGUUCAGCAGAUAGCAUUAACUUAUGGGCAGAAAAACUUACAAACGGAAGGAUACAUAAACUCAUCGAUGCAGCUGAUCUUGCAGACGCUUUAAUGGUAAUAGCCAACGCUGUGUAUUUUAAAGGGACUUGGAAAUAUCAAUUUCCCAACCAGACUGUAGAUAAAUUUUACGUUCCAGAUGGAAACAAUUUCUUUUCCAUUCAAGCUCGGUUUAUGGCUGUAGAAGAUAAAUUUUAUUUUCAUGAAUCUCCGCUAUUGGACGCUAAAAUUUUAAGACUGCCUUAUAAGGGAGGGCGCUACUCCAUGUUUAUAGUAUUACCGAACUCUAAGGGUGGCUUGCCAAGUUUAAUUAAGCAAAUAAACAUAAAUAACUUAAAAAGUUUGUUGUAUUUGAUGGAUCAACGUCUCGUUAAUGUCAAGAUUCCCAAGUUUCGCUUCGAUUUUCAAGCAAGGUUUAGUAGAACUUUACAAGAGUUUGGUUUACUUCAAAUGUUUCAAAACACGGCCAGUUUCCCGGGUAUUGCCAGAGGAGAUAGCACCAUUUUGAGAAAAUUAGUCGUUUCGGACAUUGUACAGAAAUCUGGCAUUGAAGUUAAUGAGUAUGGAAGUGUUGUCUACGCCGCCUCAGCCAUAACAAUCGGCAACAAAUUCGGAGAGCAAACACAAACUUUCCAUGCCACACAUCCGUUCAUGUUUUACAUUGAAGAAGAGCUUAGCGGGACUGUGUUGUUUGUCGGCAAAGUUGAAAAUCCCCUGGAAUCUGAUCCUCAACCCCUUGCGCCGAAGCCUGAAUCGUAAAACGUGACAAAAAGAGAUAUUUUCAAAUUCUGUAAAUAGAAAUAUGUGUCACAUUAAUUUUUUACUUUAUGUAAAUGUGUAAUAUAAAUUUUAAGAGU